AUGGCAUCAACAAACUCAGUGAAAAUCCAAGAAGUGACUAAAGUCAUUCCACACUCCGACUCAACCACCGAGUUCUCUCUCCCACUCACCUUCUUUGACAUAUUUUGGUUCAAGUUCCAUCCUGUGGAGCGUCUCUUCUUCUAUCAAAUAACUCACUUAACGCCUCAGUUUUUCAACUCAGUUAUCCUCCCCCAGCUCAAGCAAUCUCUCUCUAUAACUGUUCUCCAUUAUCUCCCUCUUGCUGGUAACCUCAUGUGGCCUCAAGACACCCCAAAACCAGCCAUCUACUACUUCCAAAACGACGGUGUUUCACUCACUGUUGCAGAGUCUAACGCCGACUUCAAUUACCUGUCAGGCCAUGGAACUCGUGAAGUUGUUGAAUUUCAUUCUUUGAUACCCGACUUGUCAAUAUCUGAUGACAAAGCAGCAGUCAUCGCUAUCCAAAUAACGUUGUUUCCCAAUGAAGGGUUCUCCAUCGGCACCUCCGCUCAUCAUGCAAUACUUGAUGGGAGAAGUUCAACCAUGUUUAUGAAGUCUUGGGCUUAUGUUUGCAAACAAGAUAAAGAAGACCCUUCAUUGUCACCAGAACUAACUCCAUUAAUCGACAGGAGUGUCAUCCAAUACCCAACAGGAAUUGACAUGUUGUUCUUGAAUAGCUGGUUAGAUUCCAACUCCCGAAGCUUAAAGCUUUUACCAAGGGAAGGAGUGGAUUCCAAUUUAGUUCGAGCCACGUUUGAGUUGAGCCGUGAAGAUAUCAAGAAGCUAAGGGUUGAGGUACAAGAAGUAAAGCAGUCAGAACAACUUCAUUUAUCAACUUUUGUGUUAACAUACGCUUAUGUAAUCGUUUGCAUAACGAGAGCCAAAGGAGAAGAAGAAGGUAAAAAUCCUAAUUCAAAGGUUAUAUUUGGAUUCACAGCUGAUUACAGGACCCGUUUAGAGCCUCCAAUUCCAGUCAACUACUUCGGUAAUUGUGUUGGUCCACAUGGAGGGAUAGUAGAAGCCAACGAUAUAAUAAAGGGAGAUGGGGUUUCAGUUGUUGCAGAGAAGUUAAGUGAGUCGAUGAAAGAGUUAAAGAAGGGGUCAGUUCUUGAAGAAACAGGGAAGAAGCUUGCAUAUAUGAUUCCAUUUAUGAAACAGGGGGGAAAAGGAAUUGGGAUUGCCGGGUCGCCCAGGUUUGAAAUUUAUGGGUCGGAUUUCGGGUGGGGCAGGCCAAAGAAGGUGGAGGUUGUGUCAAUAGAUAAAAAUGGGUCUAUUUGUAUGGCGGAGAGUAGAAAUGGAAGCGGUGGUGUUGAGGUUGGAGUAGUUUUGGAGAAGAAAGAAAUGGAGGUUUUUGCUUCCCUAUUUGUUGAUGGGCUAAAACAUUUUAAAUAAAUAAUGCUACAAUACAUACAUCA